GGAUUUGGCCCACGGGUUUGAGAAGGCCUAACGGCUAAAAAUCUUCUUAUACGGACUCUCGAACUUUGCGUCGUUUCUUUCAUCAUCUUCCUUCCAGAAGCACAAAGUGGCAGAGUGCGUGGGCACUCUCACUCAAUUCCCUACCAUGCCAAACGCAAACGUUUUUCUCGAGACGCUGUUGGUGAAAUAAAUGGGCGCUGGAGGGAAUUUCUGGGAUUUACUCAAGCCUCAUGCCCGACUGGAAGGCUUCGAUUUCUUGAGGGACAAACGGGUCGCCGUGGACCUCUCGUACUUCAUCGUCCAGUCUGAAACUGCCAUUAAAGGGAACUUUCGAAAUCCGCAUAUAAGAACGAUAUUCUUCCAGACCAUCAAUCUCUUCUCCAAGUUUGGGGCAUUUCCAGUUUUUGUGACAGAUGGGACUCCAUCUCCUCUUAAGUCUCAGGCAAGGAUUGCACGAUUCUACCGAGCAUCUGGAGUUGAUGUAUCAAGUCGGCCUGCAGUAGUAGAGGGUAUAUCAGUUCAGAGGAACAAGUUUUUCCUGAAGUGUGUUCGCGAAUGUGUUGAUUUGCUUGAACUCCUUGGAAUGCCUGUUUUAAAUGCUAAAGGGGAAGCUGAAGCACUCUGUGCACAGCUGAAUAGAGAAGGACUUGUUGAUGCUUGUCUUACUGCUGAUAGUGAUGUAUUUCUCUUUGGAGCAAAUUGUGUUAUCAAACGCAUCCACCUUAAAUCCAAAGAUCCAUUUGAGUGUUAUCAUAUGUCUGACAUUGAGGCUGGUCUUGGGCUGACGAGAAAGCAUUUGAUAGGCAUUUCUAUUUUGGUAGGAAAUGACCACAAUCUAUCCGGGGUACAUGGUAUUGGUUUAGAGACAGCACAUCGAUUUGUCAAGUCUUUCAGCGAAGAUGAGAUUUUAGAGAGGUUAUUGAAAAUUAGUAGGGGAGGAAUUGUGGAAUUAAAUGGUAUUGCCAGUGGUGAGGGUGACAUCAUUACUACAGAUGAUAAUCCCCGGAAACCAAAACUUACACAUUGCUCACUCUGUGGACAUCCAGGCAGUAAGAGAACUCACCUCAAGAGUGCUUGUGAGCUAUGCAUAAAAAAAGCUGGUGAGGGUUGCAAGCAAAAAGACCCAGAUUUUAAGUGUAACUGCUCAUCAUGCAUCAUGGAUAGGAAAGAAGAUGAACAGAGGAAGUAUGAAAAUUGGCAUAUUAAAGUCUGCAGACAGAUUGCUUCUGAGGAAUUCCCACAUGAUUUAAUCAUUGAUAUGUAUUUGCAUAACGAAAACAGACUUGAUGAAGACCGCAAGAAGAUAUCUUGGACAGACCCAAAAACUGAAAUGCUAGUUGAGUAUUUAGCUCGACUUCAGGGAUGGAAGCCUGCCGAUACGCGGAGGAGAAUGCUCCCAAUGCUAUCAACUUUGUUUCUGAGAGAUGUGGCUUCAAAUUCUGGAAGUCUUUUACUCUAUGGACAGUAUGAGUUUGCUCAUAUCAAGCGGGUGAAAACAAGAUACGACCAUCAGUUUUAUGUUGUCUAUUGGAAGAAAGCAACAAACACAGUCUUUGCUGAUAUCGAUGACACAGUUACCUCCAGAAGGCCCAAUAUGUAUCAGGACAAUACAACAUCUAAUGAGUUCAUGGAAGUUCCUCCUGAUAGGACGGAAGUUCAUAUCAAGAAAACCGGGAGAGUUGAUGAAGUUAUAGAUUUAACAGAAGAUCCAGCUGAAGAUAUCCAUACAGUUAUGUCCGAAAAGCCUAAUAUGUAUGAAGAGAAUAUGACAUAUAAUGGGGUGAAAUAUUUGACAAAUGACCAUCCUGACAGGAUGGAAGUUCAUAUCAAGAAAACUGGGAGAGCUGAUGAGGUUAUUGAUUUAACAGAAGAGCCAGCUGAUGAUAUCCAGACACUUGCAUUAGAAAAGCCUAAUAUGCUUCCAGAAACUUGGAGAGCUAUUGAUGAAUGGAAAUAUCUAACACACGAGGGUGAUGAUGUGUUGGAGAUUGCCACCAAAGAAGGUGGGAAUGAUGAAGAAGUGAAUGAUUUAACAGAAGGUUUUGAUGGGCCAGAGAUUCAUAGAGAGGACGGUUGCUGCUAUUUGUCAACUGAUGAAGACAUAGAACUUGUUCGGAAAGCUUUUCCAGAAAAGGUCAACCAGUUUCUGAAGCAAAGGGAGUCAAUAAGAAAAAGAAAGCAGGUGAGUUCAGGGACCUCUGGCGGAAGUGGUGUUCAGCUAAGUAUAGACAGCUUUUUUCGAUCCUCUAAAGGCAACACCACCUGCCACACAAAGCUGGAGGGUGGGGGGAGUCCGGUUGUUAGUUCAAGCAGUGGUUCUAGUGCUUCCAAAAAAGAACACAAAGAAGAGAACCUUUCCAACUUUCGCAAGUCAGUUAGGCGUAAACUUGUAUUUGAGUGAUACAUCCUUAUGUCCUCCCAUCAACCAGUGUGCUCUUCUUCUUGUUUUGUCUGAACUGCAACUUGGUUGUAUGUUAGAUCAACAGUGAAUGUGCAUGUGCAACGGGAAGUUGGCAAACGGUUUUUUAAUCUUGCUGUGACCAUUGGGAGGCUAAAUUCUCCUUUGUGAAUAUUGGGUACUGGAAAUAAAACUCUAAUCUUCAACACUUCUCUACCUUUUCAUGCACUUUUUCCAUUUUUUUUCUCCAUAUAUGCUCCUUAAAAGCAUCUCGUAUCCUUGUAUGGUGUUGCUUCAUCUACAAGACUAUCUACAAGAGUACAAGACUAUAAGGGAAUCACCAAUGUCAUGAUGUGCACACGUGGCAUAAAGAUAGACAUACACAUAUUAGUAAGCAAAAUAUAUCUCUCCUUUUUUGAAGUCACAAAGAUGAGCAGUAUUCCAAUUAAGACACUCCAUCAUCCAGAGUAGAAGAUCAGAAAAGAAACUCAGGCAAGCAUGGACAUCCAGGGACUUCCUAGAAACUCCAAUCUCAUUCAUCCCCCCUCCUCAUCUUAUUCUUCUCCUCCUCUUCCUCCUCCUUCAGAUAUGGGAAUUCACAAAAGAAUUUGCAUACUCGUCUUCACGGAUGAUUGCAUCUGUCAAAACAUUGUCUCGGAGGUGCUUCAACACUGCACUUAUGAAGUGUUGCAUAUUGGAAGCGCAAUGGAUGCAAUAAACGCAAUUCGCAAGAGAAAAGAUGCACUAAGCCUUGUUUUAACAAACAUAAACAGGUUAAAGACAAAGGGGGCUGAGAUUAUCCAAGUCAUUGAGAAGGAACUCAAUCUGCGUGUCUGUUUGAUGCUGCCAGGUGAAGUGGAGUUUGAUACCAGAGGGAAAGAAUGCAAAGUUUCAUCAUACAUUAUGAACUUUUCUGAUAUAAACGAUAUGAAAGAAGUGUGGAAAUCGGUUUUCGAGAAGGGGAAAGCCCGAAAAGCAGAAAACAACGCCAAGAGGAAUUACGAUUUAGUAUCUCAUCAUGUGGAGACCCGCAUUGCAGAUGAACCUCCUGAUGAUGAGGUAAAGAAGGAAGAGGCGGACGAGGAAGAGGAGGGGGCAAAGAAUCACCACCACAAAAGGAAGAGGAAAGAAUUGGAAGAGAGUAUUGAAGAGAGCGAAGAAGAUUGCCGCGUUGAGCCUAAAAAGAAGGCAAGGUUGAACUGGAAUGCAGAUAUGCAUCAGAGAUUUGUGCAGGCUAUCCAGAAGUUAGGCUAUGACAAGGCUGUUCCAAAGAAGAUAGUUGAGCUUAUGAAUGAGCCAGGGUUGACAAGAGAGCAUGUUGCUAGCCAUCUGCAGGUCUGUGUGUUUCAUUCAUGUCCUGCAUGUUGCCUUUGAAUCAUAAUAUUUUCUGCACUUUUGAUGAUUUUUUCUUUUAUGCAUGUUAGUUGUUUAUAUUUAUUUACUUUUAUGCGCAUUAGUUCUGAUGUAUAUAGCUGCAGUCUUUAAUUACGUAGUAACUUUUAUAUUUCC